AUGGCGGCUCAUCAUCUCCAAACGAGCCUGAAAGCAUGUUUUAACAAAGACUGUGAGACCUUCCCCACUGACAUCGUGCUUCAGUUCCUGCUUGGAUUUACCUUUGGCAACAUCGCUGGGAUGUAUCUGGCUCAGAACUAUGACAGACCAACCCUAUCCAAGAAACUUGAAGACCUUCAGAAGGCCUUGGACACCAAGGAGAAGCCACCUAGCUCCUGAGACAACUGCGUUGCCCUUGGACUCACGGACGGGCCCACCCUGAAGGGCUGCCUCACCUUGACCUCAGACCCAUUUCUAUCGCUGUCUCAGGCCCCAAGUUGCCAUU